AUGAAAUUUGUGGCAACUGAAUAUGCAAUUGCAGGAAAGAUGGAAUCAGAUCAAGGUAAGCUAUUUAUUGGUGGGAUUUCUUGGGACACAGAUGAGGAUCGCCUUAAAGAAUAUUUUGGAGCAUAUGGAGAAGUGAUGGAGGCAGUGAUCAUGAGAGAUCGUACCACCGGCCGUGCUCGUGGCUUUGGUUUUGUGGUCUUCAUUGAUCCUGCAGUUGCUGAAAGAGUCGUUAAGGAGAAGCACGUGAUUGAUGGACGAACGGUGGAAGCAAAGAAAGCUGUUCCGAGGGAUGAUCAGCACCUGAUGUAUAGAAAUAGUAGUAACAGUCAAGGAUCACCAGGUCCAGGACGCACUAAAAAAAUAUUUGUAGGAGGACUAGCAUCAACUGUCACGGAGAGUGACUUUAAAAAUUAUUUUGAUCAAUUUGGAACCAUAACUGACGUGGUAGUCAUGUAUGACCACAAUACUCAGAGACCUCGAGGUUUUGGGUUCAUAACAUAUGAUUCAGAAGAUGCAGUCGAUAGGGUGUUGCACAAAACAUUUCACGAACUCAAUGGUAAGAUGGUUGAGGUGAAGCGGGCAGUUCCAAAAGACUUGUCUCCAGGACCCAGCAGAAGCCCUCUUGUUGGAUACAACUAUGGUUUCGGUAGAGCCAACAACUUUCUAAAUAGCUAUGUACAAGGAUAUAAUCUCAGCUCACUGGGCGGCUAUGGAGUAAGGACAGACGGUAGAUAUAGUCCAUUAGCUGGAGCUCGAGCUGGGCUCUCCCAAUUCGGUUCUCCGGCUUAUGGAAUGGGCUUGAAUAUGGAUCAAGGGUUGAAUUCUGGCUUUGGAGGGGGUUCAAACUUAAGUAGCAAUCUUGGCUACGGGCGCAUUAUAAACCCUUAUUUUGGUGGUAAUCAGAGCAGGUAUAAUACUCCUAUUGGUUACAAUACAAGUAGUAGCCGAGGAGAUUCCCUUUUCAACUCUUCUCCCCGAAACGUGUGGGGGAAUACUGGACUGAGUACUUCUCCAAGUAAUGCAAACUCCGGAUCAUACUUUGGCUCCGGAAGUGACAGUUUUGGAGUGUUUGGAAAUAAUGGUGCAAAUUGGGGCACUUCUCAUAUUGCCGCUACCCUUGGGGGUAGUUCUUCUGGUUUUGGAGGAGGAAAUGUUGGCUAUAGAGGUGGAGGAAACAGUUUUUCAUUGGCAGCCGAACGAUUUGGAAGAAAUGGUGGAACAGCUGUAUCCACAGCAUCUUCACUUACUGCAUCGGCCGGUGGUUAUGAGGGAUCUUAUGGGGAUUUUUACCGAAGUGGCUCGGUGUAUGGGGAUCCAACUUGGCAAACCACAUCUUCUGAGCUAAAUAAUUCUGGUUCAUUUGGUUAUGGACUUGGGAAUCCAGAAGACGUCGCUGCUAAAGAAUCCGAGGAUUAUGUGGUGGGUUAUGACAUUACAAAUAGACAAUCCAAUAGAGGAAUUGCUACGUAG